ACAUUUGUUCAUGCCUUUAUUAAGAAAUCCAGUACCGGAAGUUGCUGGUGUCGCUAGUUCGCCUCUUCUGAGAAUUCAUCCACCAGUGGUUACUUCAGAGGGGAAUGCAGCACUCGUAGACAGCUACGCUUGAAUCUCAAGGCUUCCCAUCAUUACUCCAUUCACACACAAUGGCUGCCUUCAGACAAGAGGAUGUCGAGAUGUACUAUGAGAUGGGAGAGGAGCUGGGCAGCGGACAGUUUGCCAUUGUUCGUAAGUGUAAGGAGAAGAGCACUGGCGUUGAGUACGCAGCCAAGUUUAUAAAGAAGCGCCGGCUGUCGUCCAGUCGGCGAGGAGUAAGUCGGGAAGAGAUCGAGCGCGAAGUCAACAUCCUGCGCGAGAUCCAGCACAGUAACAUCAUCACUCUGCACGACAUCUUUGAAAACAAAACGGACGUGAUCCUCAUCCUGGAGCUGGUGUCUGGAGGAGAGCUGUUUGACUUCCUGGCUGAGAAGGAGUCUCUGACGGAGGAGGAAGCCACACAGUUCCUUAAACAGAUCCUGGACGGCGUUCAGUAUCUCCAUUCAAAGCGCAUCGCUCACUUUGACCUCAAGCCAGAGAAUAUCAUGCUGCUGGACAAAAACGUCCCCAGCCCCAGGAUUAAACUCAUUGACUUUGGUAUUGCUCAUCAAAUUAAAGCAGGAAAUGAGUUCAAAAAUAUCUUUGGAACCCCAGAAUUUGUUGCACCAGAAAUAGUCAACUAUGAGCCGCUUGGACUGGAGGCAGACAUGUGGAGCAUUGGUGUAAUCACAUACAUUCUUUUGAGUGGUGCGUCACCGUUCCUGGGCGAGACCAAGCAGGAGACUCUGACCAACAUCUCAGCUGUUAACUACGACUUUGAUGAAGAGUAUUUCAGUAACACCAGCGAACUGGCCAAAGACUUCAUACGUCGGCUGCUGGUCAAGGAUCCAAAGAAGAGAAUGACCAUUGAUGACAGUCUCGAGCACCCCUGGAUCAAGGUGAUCAAGAGGCGAAACGUACGCCAGGAGGAACGAGACAACAAGCCAGAGCGUCGCCGCCUGAAGACCACCCGGCUCAAGGAAUACACCAUCAAGUCCCACUCCAGCAUGCCACCCAACAACACCUAUGUCAACUUUGAGCGCUUCUCCCAGGUGCUUGAGGAGAUCGCUGCAGCGGAGGAAGGCCUGAGGGAGCUGGAGCGGAACCAGCGCUCGUGCAGAGAGGAUGUGGCAGCGCUGCUGUCUAUCUAUGAGGAGAAGGAGGGCUGGUACAAGGAGGAGAACCAGAGCAUCUCCAGUGACCUGAGCCACAUCCGCCAAGAGCUGCAGCGCACUCAGACUCAGCGCAAGAAGUGUCAAGAGGAGGCCCGAGUCGUCACACAGGCAACCAACAUCCUGAAGCGCAAGUUUGGGCGCAUGGAGAACCGCUACGAGGUCCUGGCUGAGCAGGUGGCCUCGGAGGUGCGCUGGGUGGAGGAGCUGGUUAAGUCCAUAUCUGCAGAGAAGGACGGCCUUGGGUCUGGCAGCAUGCCCUGAUCUGGGCCGAGCUCCGGCAGUGACUCUUUCAUUCUCCAGUAUCCUCCUCCUCCUCCCGUUUCCUCUGCUUGAAGCUACACAGCAGAGGGCUACAGGUCAGCUGUCCUCAUAAGCUACGCUGCUGCCGUAGGGAAGAUGCUCCACCAGCAAGAAGAAGAGAGGCAAAGUACUGAAUCCAUUCCUCGCUAAAGAUGUUCAUUCCUGUGUUUUCAAGAAUUAAUUUAUAAUUUUAAAAUGUUAUGUACUGUAACAGCUGUAGCGCAUCAUAGUUAAAAUGAUUUGCAACCUAUUAGCUUAUUUGUAGUUGCUACAUUGUUUUUAUUAACGUGCUUGUCUUUUUAAAAACUUCAGUUUUAUCAUUUUUUUAUUGCUUUAAAGGUCACAGACGUCCGCUCAGUUGUGCCUGACUCAGGUUACUGGCCAGUUAGAAAACCUAACAACAAACAGCUUUUAAUGUCAGGUUUGCACAUAAUUCAGGGGUUUUCUUUUUCUAGUUAUGCAUUUCCAGAUUGGACUUGAGCUGACAUUAAACUUCCCUCCUAUCUGGGAGCGCAUGUGCAUCAAGUAUGCAAUGAAUCUGUCAGGCUUAUGUUUUACAGUUCUGCUAUUUGCUUAUAUAUUCUUUAAAGGUUCAUGUAGUUUGGUACUAACCACAGACAACAUAUCAGCAUGGGAGGCCAUUAUUUGUCAGUUUAGCUGUGAUUUGAAUUUUCAUUUUAUUGGACAUUUUAAAAGACCUCAUUUCUGUACAAAUUUGUUACAUCAAUCCAAUUAAUCCUCUAAAUAAUUGCCUAAAAGAGCACUUAAAGUGAAAGAGCUCCGGAUCAUUCACUGUUUCAACGAUUAGUACCAGACUAUGUGUAACCUUCUAGAAAAUGGAUCCGUGUUGAUGGAUGUGUGAAACGAAGCCGCGUUCAGAAUGUAUGAACCCAUCCCUGCAGUGCCUGUUUGCCUCGGUGAGCACACUUCUGUCAUCGACCUCCUCUCUCACCGACGUCGCUCUAUGUCUUACGCGCACCGACUUGCACAGUAGCCUUGUAAACCAAAUAGCAUGCAUGGAACCUGUGCAUGGAGUCUGUCCCUGCACACCUGAAACAUUCCAUCAGUAGGUUCCACAUCCAGACGGCACAUUCCCCGUGUACAUGGAACCGUAGUGAACCCUAUUCAUUUGCACUUAAACGAUUAAAGCAUUGUUCCAAAGUCUAUUUUAAUCUGAGGUGUAAGAUAAACUGUCUGUGCUUGUUUGAAAUAAACAAACUUAUCAUUGUAACUCA